AUGGUCUUCAUCUAUGGUGGUGCCUUCCUGGUGGGAGGGAGCCAGGGACUCGACUUCCUGAAUAAAUACCUGUACGAUGUCUCUACCAAACUGCCUGUGAUGGUCUUCAUCUAUGGUGGUGCCUUCCUGGUGGGAGGGAGCCAGGGAGCCAAUUUCCUGGAUAACUACCUGUACGAUGGCGAGGAGAUCGCCGUGCGGGGCAACGUCAUCGUGGUCACCGUCAACUAUCGCCUGGGGCCCCUGGGCUUCCUGAGCACGGGAGAUGAGAACAUGCCAGGGAACUACGGGCUGAAGGACCAGCACAUGGCUAUUGCCUGGGUGAAGAGGAACAUCAAGGCCUUUGGGGGUGAUCCAGAAAACAUCACCAUCUUUGGGGAGUCGGCCGGUGCUGUCAGUGUCUCCCUGCAGACCUUGUCCCCGAAGAACAAGGGCCUGUUCAAGAGAGCCAUCAGCCAGAGCGGUGUUGGGGUCUGCAGCUGGGCCAUCCAGAGGGACCCCCUCUUCUGGGCUAAAAAGCUUGGAGAAAAGGUGGGCUGCUCCACAGAAGACACCGCCGUCUUGGCCAGCUGCCUGCGUAACGCUGAUCCCAAAGAACUGACUCUGGCCUACCACCUGCAGCUCACCAACCUGCCCUCUCCCCUGGUGCACACCCUGGCCCUUACUCCUGUUGUGGAUGGAGAUUUCCUGCCAGACAUGCCAGAGAAGCUCUUUGCCAACGCUGCUGACAUUGACUACCUGGCUGGGGUCAAUGACAUGGACGGGCACAUCUUCGCCGGCGUGGAUUUACCCGCCAUCAAUGGCCCACUGAGGAAAAUCUCUGC